AUGAGCAAGCUUUGGUACACGCAGCCCGCAAGUAAUUGGAAUGAGGCCCUUCCAGUGGGAAAUGGUCGUCUUGGGGCGAUGGUCUACGGCCGCACCGACCAAGAGCUUCUUGCGUUGAGUGAAGACUCGGUAUGGUACGGUGGAUCUCAAGAUCGGACUCCUCAAGAUGCUCUCAAAUAUCUCCCACAAUUGAGAGCAGCGAUUCGGGCAGAAAAUCAUAAAGAAGCGGAAAGGCUGGCAAAAGUUGCAUUCUUCGCCAACCCAAUCAGCCAACGACAUUAUGAGCCCCUCGGUACUGUUUUCAUGGAUUUCGGCCACGAAUCCGAUCGGGUAACGAAUUAUCACCGUGAACUAGACCUCGAAACUUCCACGGUGAGUGUAUCAUACAAUCAUUGUGGAGCCGAGCAUCGAAGACAAGUUAUCGCAAGCUAUCCCGACGAUGUCCUGGCAAUUCGAGUGCUCGCUCCGGCCAAUACCGAGUACGUGGUACGAUUAACCCGACUGAGCGAGCUGGAGUUCGAGACAAACGAGUACCUGGAUGAUGUUGCCGCUUCAAAUCACUCCAUCACGAUGCACGUUACGCCGGGAGGCCGAAAUAGCAACAGCGCUUGCUGCAUUCUUCACGUUCAAUGCAGCCAGGAGGGUACAGUCACCAGAAUUGGCAAUAACUUGGUAGUCAAGGCCUCGGAAUCUCUGAUUCGGAUUACUUCUCAAACAACCUUUCGCCAUCAAGACCCCGAUCAGACAGCGUCUGAAGAUCUCGCGAAGAGCCUUGGCUACGACGCGAGACAGCUAUGGGAUAGGCAUGUCAAGGACUACCAGUCACUGUAUAACCGGAUGCGUUUACAAUUAUCGUCCGAUGUGCCAAACAUUCCAACAAACAAGAGGUUACUGACCUCGCGGGAUCCCGAAUUGAUUGCAACAUACCACAACUACAAUCGAUAUCUGAUGAUAUCCUCCAGUCGCACUGGACACAAAGCUUUGCCUUCCAACUUGCAAGGAAUUUGGAAUCCUUCUUUCCACCCAGCAUGGGGCUCCAAAUUCACCAUCAAUGUCAAUCUACAAAUGAACUACUGGCCGGCCAAUGUGUGCAAUCUUUCGGAGUGCGAGAUGCCACUGUUCGACCUUCUUGAGCGAAUGGCAGAGUCUGGAAAGAAGACCGCUAAGGUUAUGUACGGCUGCCGAGGCUGGGCUGCCCAUUCAUGUACCGAUAUUUGGGCCGACACUGAUCCCGUUGACCAGUGGAUGCCGGCGACGAUAUGGCCCCUUGGAGGUGCCUGGCUAUGCUACCACAUCUGGGAGCACUUUCAGUUCACCCAAGACCUUGCGUUUCUCUCCAGAAUGUUUCCAAUUUUGAGGGGGUGCGUGGAGUUUCUACUCGAUUUUCUGAUCGAAGAUGCCACUGGCAAAUAUCUUAUCACGAACCCGUCUGUUUCGCCCGAGAACUCGUUUUUUGACUUGAAAGGCCAGAAAGGGGUGCUAUGCGAGGGAUCUACCGUCGACAUUCAGAUUGUUCGGGCUAUAUUAAGCGCUUUCGAGUCGUGUGCAGAUCAAAUCGGCGAAUCGGGUUCGCUCCUGUCGGCGGCUCGUGCAGCACGAGCCCGACUUCCGCCGAUGACAAUAAGUGAUUCAGGGUAUCUCCAAGAAUGGGCUGUUGACUACGGAGAGGUUGAGCCGGGCCAUCGACAUACAUCACACUUAUGGGCAUUAUAUCCUGGUGACGCCAUAGUUCCAGCAAAGGAGCCUGAAUUGGCUCAAGCCUGUCGAGCGGUUCUGCGUCGGCGAGCAGAGAAUGGCGGUGGUCAUACAGGCUGGAGCAGAGCUUGGCUCAUCAAUUUACAUGCUCGUUUGCUUGAGGCGGAGGAAUGUAGUCGGCACUUGGAUCUGCUUCUAUCUCAUUCUACCCUACCAAAUUUACUAGACAGCCAUCCUCCGUUUCAGAUUGAUGGCAACUUUGGCGGGGGCGCGGGUAUCAUCGAAAUGUUGGUUCAGUCUCAUGAGCCAGGGUUGAUCCGACUACUUCCAGCUUGUCCCAAGGAUUGGAAAGGCUCUAUCCGAGGCGUACGGGCACGCGGUGGUGUUGAAUUGGCUUUCAGUUGGGAUAGAUUGUCUCUCCUCUCACUGACUGUAAUGCUACCCAAUCCGGGUGGAAAGGUUUCCAUUUGCUUCCCAGAAAGGGAUGAAACUAAAGUGCAAGAAGUUGAAGGACCCGGCGUGCAUGUUAUCAUUAAAACAUAG